AUUCACGUAUGAAGAUUAGUCAAUAUUAUUUUACUUCACACGGCGCACAUAAUUGAACUCAAUUCAUUAAAGAUGUUACCCAAAUUCGUAUUUUUUCUGAUUUUAUUAACAAAAUUUUGUUCUUGUGAUGAUCUUUCAUAUGGAAGGGAGGAAGACAAUUUGAAACCGCUAUUUGAAAAGGUAUUGUUUAGUCAACAUCUCGACCAGCCCAAGAAUUACACAUUAAUAUUCAAGUAUAUUGCAUCGGAGUCAUCACCAAAUAUAACGUUUGCUAAGUUUGAAGUUCCCGGAACCAAAACUCAAGGAUCCAUUGAUGUAAGCAAAGAAAAGGGCAAAGAAAAAACAUUGCAAGCUCAACUCAACAUAGUGAAUGGUACUAAUAUCCAUGUUACUUGCAAAAUAUAUGGACCGAGUGUGAACUUAUUGGAUGCAGCUACACUUGGAAGAAUGUCUAGUUCGACGGAAAAUAAUCCAAAAACAGUGACUGUUAUCUAUGGUCACAACACAUCAAAGACACGUAAUCGGAAGGUGAACUUGGGGCUUCGACAAACGGGUGAUAAAUUAAUCAAUUUUCAAAGAAAAAACGUCACAUUGUCAUAUCGGUUUCCCGAGGCCGAAUUCGAAUGUAAGGACAAAAACAACUCUAUCACUUCGGUUGCCUUUUCUUUUGACUCUCCCACCGCUAUCGCCUUUAUCAAUAGUACAUAUUUGAGUGAACAUCAAGUGAAUGUCAUUGCAUAUGAUCUUAAUAACCCAUAUUUCGAAGCAAAUAUGUCUGUUUAUGGUUAUGAUUCCCGUGUUAAGCCCGACUCAUACAAACCUAUAGUUAUCAAAAGUAAGAAAAAUGGAGCCUUUCUGCAACGUCCGUAUAAUUAAAAAUAAAUAAACAUUGAAAUCUUGUAAUCAAAUCAAUUUAAAA